AUGCAUUCACCUCCAAAGUCAUUAGUUCAUCAACCAUUUAUUAAUUGGAAAGAUGCUAUUGAGUACUUUAAAAUACAUGAAAGUAAUGAGUAUCAUAAAUUUUCUAUGGCUAAAGUUACAGAAUUCUUAAAAAUAGUUGAUAAAAAACAAAACGACGUCUACAUCCAGUUACAUAAAAGAAAUGAGAGACUUGCUCUUCGAGGUGGCCAUGAUUCAGGUAGCUUAGAUUUGAAUUUGCCAUUACAUAACGACGGUAAUUUCAGAGCUCUGUUACGUUACCGUAUAGAUAGUGGUGACGAUUUAUUUUUAAAUCAUAUUAAAAGUUGUGGUAAAAAUUCUACUUAUAUCAGUGCUGAUAUACAAAAUGAAGUCAUUUCAAUUAUAUGUGAUCAAAUUCAGACUAAAAUUUGUAACAGAAUUAAAACAAACAAAUUUUUUGUGAUAUUAGCUGAUGAAACAACUGAUGUUAGUAGAGUUGAACAGUUUUCUCUUUGUAUAAGGUACUUUGAUGCUGAUGUAAAUAAAAUAAGAGAAGAUUUUUUACAAUUUGUACCAGUACAUAGUACUACAGGAUUAGAGCUAGCAAAGACAAUCAUAAGUACAUUGAGUGCUUUAGGAUUAAAUUUACAGCAUAUGAGAGGCCAAGGAUACGAUGGAGCAGCAAAUAUGGGAGGAGUAUUUAGAGGAGUUCAAGCACUUAUAUUAAAAGAAUAUCCAAAAGCUCUAUACACUCACUGUUUCUCUCAUUGUUUAAAUUUAUGUCUAAAUGAUGCUUCUAAAGUUCAACAAAUCAGAAACACAUUAAAUAUAAUUCAAGAGACAGAGAAUAUAGAUAUUGUAACCGCUACAAAUUCAAUAGAAACAACAACUACAAAAUUACAACAUUUAAGAAAUGAAGUAGAGUUUCAAAAAAUCUUUGAUAGUGCUAUCGAAAUGGCUGAAAAAGUUGGUGUGUCUCCAAUCAUCCCACAGACAGUAGGAGGAGCUCAAAAACACCGAGCGAACUAUACUGUAAAUGAUGGCAAUUGUUGCACAUACUAUAGGGUAUCAAUUUAUUAUCCAUAUUUAGAUGAUUUGCUCUCAUCUUUUAAUGAAAGAUUUAAUUCAAAUUCAAGUUUAAUAUCUUCACUUUCUUGUUUGUUUCUGUCUAAAGUAAAAAAAAGCACAUUUGACGAUUUACAAAUGGCUUUAGAAUUUUAUAAAGAUGACUUACAAAUAGAUUCCUAUAGUUCAACCUUAAAAGGAGAGUUUGAAUUAUGGCAAAUGAAGUGGGAAACAGAAACAGUAAUUCCAACCAACUCCCUUGACACAUUAUUAAAUUGUCCAGUAGAUAUUUUUCCUAAUAUAUAUACAAUAUUGAAAAUUUUUUCAAUCCUGCCAGUUACAACAGCUUCAGUUGAAAGAAGUUUUUCAACUCUUAAGCGUAUAAAAACCUAUUUGAGAAAUUCAACUAGUGAAAAUAGACUUAAUGGUCUAGCACUGCUAAAUGUACAUAGGGAUAUAGAUAUAGACAUAGAGUCAUUAAUUGAUGUGUUUGCCAACAGAAAAGAAAGACGUCUAAACUUUAAAUUAUAA